GCCAUCCAGUGGGGUAAUCGUCUUCCUCUUUGGAGAGAACUUCGCCUGCCUAUGCAUUGGAUUUGAUUAUAUUUGUGUUUCGGUCCUCGGUAUGGACUCUCAAAAAGAGGCCUUACAAAGAAUAAUAACUACGUUGGCCAAUAAAAAUGAGGAGCUCCAUAACUUCAUGGAAACACUUAGUCACUCUCUGGCUGGUGUCCAGGUGAACUCCCCACAAGCAGUGUCCGACCUGGAGGAGGAGUUUGACAUGUUAUUCACCGUCCUGGUUGAGAUGAAGGAGAGCAUGAUCAACCGCAUCAAACAGGAAGGGGCCAAGAAGACACAGGAACUACAGCAUCAACUGACACAGAGCGGCAGUGCCUUGGAGAGUGCAGUGGAGCUGCUGGAGUUUGCAAACAAUGCUCUGGAUAUUAAAGACGAGGACGAGUUCACGAAGGCUGCCAAGCAGAUCAAAGAUAGGGUAACCAUGGCCCCAGCCUUCAGAUUGACCAUGAAGCCCAAGGCCACAGACAACAUGAACCAUCUCAUGGCGGACUUCAACCAGGAACGGCAACUCCUCCAGAACCUCAAGUUUCUGCCUGUCCCUCGAGCCCCAGAGAUAGAGGUAGGGGACUGUCUGGUGUUAGACAACACUGUGUCCAUAGCCUGGAAGAUGCCAGUGGAGGACAGCAAGAUAGACCACUACAUACUGGAGUACAGAAAGACCGACCACGAAGGACUGCCACGCAUCAAAGACGAACGGUGCUGGGAGGUGGUGGAUAAUAUCAAGACCACAGAAUACUCACUGUCCGGUUUAAAGUUUGACUCCAAGUUCAUGAACUUCCGGGUACGAGCUUGCAACAAGGCAGCAGCUGGAGAAUACUCUGAUCCAGUUACCCUGGAAACUAGAGCGUUUAACUUCGGUUUCGACUCGUCGUCGUCCCAUCUGAACCUGAAGGUAGAGGACAGGAGUGUGGAGUGGGACCCCCAGGGGGGCAAGGGGCUGGAGAGCAAGGUCAAGGGCAAGGAGAACAAGGGCAGAAGUGGAACUCCGUCUCCCAAGAGAACGUCAACGACACGGUCACCUGCCAUCAGAGGAGGCAGAGACCGGUUCACUGGAGAGUCCUACACCGUGCUAGGUGAUACCAGUAUGGACUGUGGUCAACACUACUGGGAGGUGAAAGCUCUUAAAGACUGUAAGUCCUACAGUGUUGGAGUCUCCUACAGGAACCUGGGAAAGUUUGACCAGCUGGGUAAGACCAACACUACGUGGUGUAUCCACAUCAACAACUGGCUGCAGGCCUCCUUCGCUGCCAAGCACAACAACAAGGCCAAGAACCUGGAUGGCACCGUACCUGAUCGCAUCGGAGUCUUCUGUGACCUGGACUCAGGACAACUGUCCUUCUACAACGCUGAAACCAAGCAGUUGAUCCACACGUUCAAGGCUAAGUUUAGCCAACCUGUCGUACCGGCCUUCAUGGCAUCACAGCUUUCAGUGUUCAGGAAGGAAGGAGGAAUCCUUGGUCUACCAGGAAGGAGGAAUCCUUGGUCUACCAGGAAGGAGGAAUCCUUGGUCUACCAGGAAGGAGGAAUCCUUGGUCUACCAGGAAGGAGGAAUCCUUGGUCUACCAGGAAGGAGGAAUCCUUGGUCUACCAGGAAGGAGGAAUCCUUGGUCUACCAGGUAGGAGGAAUCCUUGGUCUACCAGGUAGGAGGAAUCCUUGGUCUACCAGGUAGGAGGAAUCCUUGGUCUAGCAGGAAGGAGGAAUCCUUGGUCUAGCAGGAAGGAGGAAUCCUUGGUCUAGCAGGAAGGAGGAAUCCUUGGUCUACCAGGAAGGAGGAAUCCUUGGUCUAGCAGGAAGGAGGAAUCCUUGGUCUAGCAGGAAGGAGGAAUCCUUGGUCUAGCAGGAAGGAGGAAUCCUUGGUCUAGCAGGAAGGAGGAAUCCUUGGUCUACCAGGAAGGAGGAAUCCUUGGUCUACCAGGAAGGAGGAAUCCUUGGUCUACCAGGAAGGAGGAAUCCUUGGUCUGGCAGGAAGGAGGAAUCCUUGUUGAAGCCUGUGCUCAGUCCAUAGCCCUGUUCAUGUUGCCAUAAAGGGGCAGCAGUUUCCUAGCAUGUGUCUUAUAAGUCCCUCAGUGAAGAUGAUAGUGUGUUUUGUGUUACAGUAUGUUAGUGUUACAGUGUGUUACAGUAUGUUACAGUAUGUUAC